AUGAGCGCCUUGAGCCCCGUGGGCGUGAGCCAGUGGUUGAUCCACGACGGCACUGCGUGGGUUGCCGCGCGCGGCCUCAGCGUCGUGCCACAGGCGACGCGCAGCGAGGCGGCGGCGGCGGCCAACCGUGGUGGCGGCCCCCCUGCCGGUGCCGCGGCAGUGGCGGCCGAUGUUCCCGAGCCUGCGGACGGCCAGCGGGCGCUCGGGGCAACGGUGGCCGCGGCGUCGAAGACGGGCGUCGUGAAGACCUGGUGCUGGGACAAAAGGUUCGGGUUUAUUUGUCCGGACGACGGCGGCGAGGACCACUUUUUCCACCAGUCGGCCUUGGUGGGCUGCAGCGAGAUCGACGUAGGCACCAGGGUGCACUACGAGACGGUGUACGACGAGCGGAGAGGCAAGCGGCGCGCCCGCAGUGUGUCUGCAAUGUUCAAGGGCGACGCCGGCGGCGACAAGCAGCACUGCACAGCUCAGGCUAAGGAGAAAGCGAGCGUCACGGCCCAGUCGAGCGCGGCGGCCGCGAGUCCGCCGGCGGCCGACGCCAAGGCUGUUGGAGCCCUGGCUCCGUCGUCGUUGGCGUUCAAGGCGUUCAAGGAGUUGAAGGUCUAUGAAGCCCUCACGAGCAUAGGCGUCAGGCGGGAGCCGCACGUGAAGUCCGACACACAGGGACGAACGUCGGGGCGGGCGACAAGUUCCAGGUUAGUCAGGAGGUGGAUGGGACCGGCGGGCAGCGGUACUUGA